AUGGGACACCUGUGGCUCUCGGGGGGCUGUGUCCUCUGGGGGCUGCUCCUGUGUGUCGCGGAGCCACGCACAGGUGGCUCUAAACAAAUCCCCAAAAUCACAGAAAUAAUUCCUAAAUAUGGCAGCAUCAGUGGAGCAACAAGACUGACCAUCAAAGGAGAAGGUUUUGCUCAAGCAAACCAGUUUAAUUAUGGGGCUCAAAAUGCUGAAUUGGGAAACAGUGUUCAGUUAGUUUCUUCGUUUCAUUCAUUUCCUUGUGAUGUGGAAAAAGAUGCAAGUCAUUCAACCCAUAUAACGUGUUACACUAGAGCAAUGCCAGAAGCUUCCUACACUGUAAGAGUCAGUGUGGAUGGGAUUCCUAUUACAGAAAAUAAUACCUGCAAAGGGAACAUCGAGAGCUGGGCAUGUAGCUUCAAUGUGAAAAGUUUCAGAACACCAACAAUAAGAAGCAUUACACCAUUAUCUGGAACACCAGGUACAUUAAUUACAAUUCAAGGGAGAAUCUUCACUGAUGUCUAUGGAAGUAACACUGCACUGAGCUCAAAUGGGAAAAAUGUUAGAAUUUUGAGAGUUUAUGUUGGAGGAAUGCCCUGUGAACUUCUCAUACCACAAUCUGAUUCUAUGUAUGGUCUAAAACUGGAGCAUCCACACGGAGAUUUGGGUUCUUUGAUUUGUAAAACAACUGGGACAUACAUUGGUCAUCACAACAUCAGCUUCAUCCUAGACAGUGACUAUGGAAGGAGUUUUCCCCAGAAAACCACAUAUUUUGUUUCUUCUCUCAAUAAAAUUUCAAUGUUUCAAACAUAUGCAGAGGUCACUAUGAUUUCACCUUCACAAGGAAGCGUGCAAGGCGGCACCACGCUAACGAUCAGUGGGCGGUUCUUUGAUCAAACCGACUUUCCAGUCAGAGUCUUAGUAGGAGGUCAUGCCUGUGAUAUACUAAAUGUCACAGAAAACAGUAUAUAUUGCAAGACACCACCCAGACCUCAUCUUCUCAGGAAUAUAUAUCCAGGUGGAAGAGGCCUCAAGCUAGAGGUGUGGAAUAAUAGCCGGCCGCUGCACCUUGAGGAGAUUCUUGAAUACAGUGAAAGGACGCCAGGAUACAUGGGUGCCAGUUGGGUGGACUCAGCCUCCUAUACGUGGCCUGUUGAACAGGACACGUUUGUGGCACGCCUUAGUGGGUUUCUGGUGCCUCCGGAUUCUGAUGUCUAUCGGUUCUACAUCAGAGGUGAUGACCGUUAUGCUGUUUAUUUGAGCCAGAGCGACAUUCCAGAUGAUAAGGUGAGCAUUGCUUAUCAUUCUGGAAAUGCCAACAGUUAUUUCUCCAAUCCAACACAAAGGUCAGAUGAGAUUCAUCUUCAGAAAGAAAAAAAGUACUACAUUGAAAUCUUGCUUCAGGAGUACAGACUAAGUGCUUUUGUUGACGUUGGGCUGUACCAGGCUGGGAAUGUCUACACUGAACAACAAACAGGAGAUGCAGUAAAUGAAGAACAAGUUAUUAAAUUCCAGUCAGCAAUCAUUCAGGAAGUACAGGUUGUAACAUUGGAAAACUGGGAAACAACUCAAGCAGCCAAUGAAGUUCAGAAGAUCACUGUAACCAGCCCUUGUGUAGAAGCUGGUUCGUGCUCCCGUUACAAGUACAAAUUAACCUAUAACAUGGAAGAAACUGUUUUGCUUCCUGCUGAUGCUUCUGACUUCAUGCUGCAAGCAGCCAUAAAUGACCUGUGGUCCAUAAAACCCGAUACAGUUCAAGUAAUAAGGACCCAAACCUCUGAGAGCUAUGUCUACAUCAUAACCUUUAUGUCAGCUAGAGGAGAUUUUGAUCUAUUUGGAUAUGAAAUACUUGAAGGAAAUAUCACACUGGAUAUUUCAGAACAAGUCAAAGGAAAACCCAACUUGGAGACUUUCACACUGAGUUGGGAUGGGAUUUCUUCUAAGCCUCUUACCCCAAGGUCAUCGGAAGCUGAAUUUCAGGUAGCAGUGGAAGAAAUGGUUAGCGCCAAAUGCCCACAGCAAAUUGCACAUCUUGAGGAAGGAUUUGCUGUGAAAUACUUCAAAGAUUAUGAAACUGACUUUAACCUGGAACAUAUUAAUAGAGGGCAGAAGACAGCUGAGACUGAUGCUUACUGUGGUCGUUACUCCCUGAAAAACCCAGCUGUUCUCUUUGAUUCAGCAGAUGUUAAACCAAACAGAUUUCCAUAUGGAGACAUUUCAUUAUUCCCUUAUAAUCAGUUAUGCUUAGCAUACAAAGGAUUCCUGGCAAAUCAUAUUGGUCUCAAAUUCCAUUACCAAGACAACAACAAGAACACUAGAAGCACAGAUGUACAACUCUCCUUUAACUUUGCCUCUGGAAGCAACUGGAUCUACACUUGCAUCGACCUUCUGGAUCUCAUACAAACCAAGUAUGCUGGGACCAACUUUUUUUUACAGAGGAUUAGUUUACAGCCAGCAUCUCAAUCGCAGUCCUUCUAUGUGGAUGUGGUAUACAUUGGCCAAAUAUCUACUAUCUCAACAUUGGAUGAAAUGCCAAAGAGAAGACCACCAGCAUUAGCAAGUAAAGGAAUAUUCUUAAGGCACUUUCAGGUGAAUCAGACAAAAAUAAGUGAGUCAGCUAUGGCCAGCCAGUAUUCUAUCACCAUGACUGUGUAUAACUGCAGCUACAAUAUUCCCAUGAUCAUUGCCAGCUUUGGACAGGUAAUCAGAAAUGAGACAGAGAAUGAGGUUGUUUACCGAGGAAAUAAUUGGCCAGGGGAUGCUCAGAUUCGUAUUCAAAGAAUUCAGGCAGCAUCUGCCCCUCUAAGUGGCAGCUUUGACAUUCAAGCUAAUGGACAUAUUCUCAAAGGCCUCCCCGCUGAUGUGUCAGCUGUGGAUUUACAGUUCGCUCUCCAGAGUCUGGGAGAAAUGGGACAAGUCUCAGUUACUCGAGAGGGAACUUGUGCUGGCUACUCAUGGAACAUCAAGUGGGAAAGCGUGUGUGGAAGGCAAAACAUUCUCCAGAUUAAUGAUUCAAAAAUUAUUGGAGAAAAGGUUAAUAUGACUGUUACAAGGAUAAAGGAAGGUGGCUUAUUCAGGCAACGUAUUCUUGGAGACCUACUUCGAACACCCAGCCCACAGCCACAGGUUGAAGUCUAUGUCAAUGGAAUUCCAUCUAAAUGUUCUGGUGACUGUGGGUUUACAUGGGAUCCUAUGAGUACUCCCCUAGUCUUGGCUAUAAACCCUUCUCAAGGGUCCUAUGAAGAAAGCACAAUUCUAACUAUAUCAGGCUCUGGAUUUUCUCCUAGUUCAGGUGUAUCAGUCUCAGUUGGGCCAAUAGCUUGUCCUCUUCACUCUGUUAAUGAAAAUGAGAUCAAAUGUCAGAUUCUGAAUGGAAGUGCCGGAUAUUUCCCAGUUGCUGUGUCCAUAGCUGAGGUGGGACUAGCAAGGAAUGCAGAGGAUAAAAUAUUCCACUUCACGUAUCGGAGUCACAUCUCACACAUCUGGCCUGCUUCGGGAAGCCUAGCAGGUGGUACUUUACUGACUCUGUCUGGAUUUGGCUUUAGUGAAAACUCAAAGGUAUUAGUUGACAAUGAAACCUGCAGUGUGCUUGAAGGGAACUUGAAUACCAUAACUUGCAGAACACCAAAAAGAAGUGAAGGUACGGUUGAUGUAUCCGUUAUUACCAAUGGAUUUCAAGCUACAGCAAAUAAUGCUUUUACUUAUAGUUGUUUACAGACUCCAGUUAUAACUGAUUUCAACCCCAAAGAACGGGCAAUACUAGGAGAUGUCAGUUUAAUGAUUAAGGGUUAUAAUUUUGGAAAUGAGCACACAGAAAUCAUGGUGUAUAUUGGCGGGAAAACCUGUCAAGUUCUUCACUGGAACUUCACUGAUAUUAGAUGCCUUUUACCCAAGUUGUCGCCUGGAAAACAUGAUGUCUACGUGGAAGUCAUAAACUGGGGCUUUGCAACAAAAAGAGACAAGAUACAUACUUCUAUACAAUAUAAUUUGGAAGUGACCAACAUAUUUCCACAGAGAGGGUCCUUAUAUGGUGGAACUGAAAUCACUUUAAUGGGUUUUGGAUUUAGCCCUAUACCAAGUGAGAACACUGUGCUUUUAGGUUCUUUUCCUUGCAAUGUGAUAUCAUCUACAGACAAAGUCAUAAAAUGUGUCCUUCAUUCAACAGGGAAUGUUUUCCGAGUUACUAACAAUGGACAAGAUUCAGAAUAUGGAUUAGGUUUUGCCUGGUUCCCGGCAGUCUUAAAUGUAUCCGUGGGUGACACAGUGACAUGGUAUUGGCAAGCAGAUCCCUUUCUGAGGGGAAUAGGUUACAGAGUUUUCUCAGUCUCAACUCCUGGAAGUAUAAUUUAUGAUGGCAAAGGAUUUACAAGUGGAAGGCAAAAAUCUGCAUCUGGUUCCUUUUCUUACCAGUUUACAUCACCUGGAUUUCAUUACUACAGCAGUGGGUAUGUUGAUGAUGCCCACUCCAUUUUCCUCCAAGGAGUCAUUAACGUUCGACCAGCUGAAACCAGGCAAAUGCCCGUGCACCUGUUCGUGGAUGGCACUGAGGCCACAUAUGCUCAGGGAAGACCUGAGGACCUACACUUCACUAGCUUUGAGGACGGCUGCCUGGCAACAGAACCCCUGUGUGGCCUGAGCACUUCAGGGCUUAACAAUUCAAAGGAAUUGCUCUUCGAGUUUGCUGAUUGUUUUUCACCUACUAUACACAGCAUUAGUCCAACCAUUGGAACAGUAAAUGACCUGAUAACAAUUACUGGACAUGGCUUCAGUAAUCUCACAUGUGCUAAUAAGGUUACUAUCGGUGGCUACCCCUGUGUUGUAGAAGAAAGUAAUGAAAAUGCCAUUAUGUGUCAUAUUGACCCUCAGAACUCCAUGGAUGUUGGCAUUAGGGAAGUUGUCACACUGUCUGUCUACAACCUGGGCACCGCAAUCAACAUACUGCCUAAAGAAUUUGAUAGACGGUUUGUGCUUCUACCAAACGUUGACAUGGUGCUGCCUGGUGCGGGAGCAACCACGGGCAUGACAAGGAUGACCAUAAUAGGUUCUGGAUUUGCAGUUUCUCCCUCCAGUGUAAAUAUCCUGGUAGGCCAUCUAUCAUGUGAAGUUCUAUCUGUGAACUACACGGCCAUUGAAUGUGAUACACCACCUGCCUCUGAACAGCUUGUGGAUGUAGAGCUUCGAAUCCAUGGCGUGCCUGCCCAGUGCCAGGGGAACUGCAGCUUUAUCUAUUUAGACAGCCUCACGCCCAUUGUGACAGUGGUCAGCCCACACAGUAUCAAUGGGUCUGCCCAGGUUCUGAUAGAAGGAGAAGGUUUGGGGACUAUCUUGGAGGACAUAGCCGUGGUCAUCGGAAAUCAACAGUGCAGGGUAAUCAGUGCCAAUGAAAAUAACAUCACUGUUCUUGUGAGGCCUCUCCCUGCUGGACUCCACUCCCUUCGUGUGGUGGUGCGAACUAAAGGCCUGGCUCUGGGAAACCUUACAGUCCACAGCCCUGCGGUAGCAUCUGUCUCACCAAGUUCUGGAAGCACUGGCGGUGGAACUACUUUAGUGAUCACUGGAAAUGGCUUCUAUCCAGGCCAAACCACCGUUAUGGUUGGAAAAGACCCUUGCAAAAUUAUUUCCAUCGGCUCCAGUGAAAUCUACUGCCUCACCCCGGCCGGGGACACUGCCAUGGUUGAUGUGAAGGUCUUCGUUGGUGCUGUUCCUUACCCACCUCUGUCAUUUACAUAUGCCUUGGAGGAUACUCCAUUUCUUGAAGAAAUUGCCCCAAGUAAAGGUCCACCAGGAACAGAAGUUCAGAUCACUGGGGUUAAUUUUGGUAUUGAUAUCUUGGACAUUUCAGUGAUGACCAAUAACGUUCAGUGUAACAUAACCAUGGUCAAUGAGAGCGUGCUGCAUUGCAUUGUUGGAUACCACGCUGGUGGCUCUGUCCCUGUUACGUUGCACCAUAAGACAAAAGGCUUUGCUGUGUCCACACUUGUAUUUGAAUACCCGUUGUCUGUUCAAAAUAUUCAUCCGAGCCAAGGGAGUUUUGGUGGUGGUCAAACCAUGACCGUGACAGGCACUGGGUUUAAUCCACAAAAUUCAGUUAUAUUAGUGUGUGACUCAGAAUGUGCAAUUGAUAGGCUUAGCUCUGAUUAUACAACCUUGAAAUGUAGAAUUCCACCUAAUAAUGGUAGGGGACCCGAGCAAGUGUGUGACGUGAGUGUGGUCAAUGGGAAAGAUUCUUCUAAGUCUCUGACUCCAUUUAUGUAUAAUAUAUCACUGACUCCACUCAUCACUGAAAUAUCUCCCAGAAGAGGCACUACAGCAGGGGGCACCAGACUUACAGUCGUGGGAUCAGGAUUCAGUGGAGAUAUUCAGGACGUGCAUGUCACCAUCGCUGAAGCGGAAUGUGAUGUUGUACACUCCAACAAGACACACAUCAUCUGCACGACAAACAGCCACACUGCUUCAGGAUGGGCUCCGGUUCAUGUUACCAUCAGAAACAUCGGCAUGGCCAAACUGGAUAAUGCUGAGUUCUUAUAUGUUGAUGCUUGGUCCUCCAACUUCUCCUGGGGAGGAAAAUCUCCGCCUGACGAAGGGUCACUUGUUGUUAUUACCAAAGGACAGAUAAUUUUGCUGGAUCAAAGCACCCCAGUUCUGAAAAUGCUGCUUAUUCAGGGUGGAACUCUAAUAUUUGAUGAAGCUGAUCUUGAACUUCAGGCAGAAAAUAUCCUAAUUACAGAUGGAGGCACUCUUCAGAUUGGAACAGAAGCAUCCCCAUUUAAACACAAGGCGAUCAUCACUUUGCAUGGGCACCUGCGAUCCCCUGAGCUCCCUGUUUAUGGCGCCAAAACACUGGCCGUGAGAGAGGGUGUCCUGGAUCUGCAUGGCCUGCCUGUGCCCGUGGUCUGGACGCGUUUGGCUCACACAGCCGAGGCCGGGGAGAGCACCUUGGUUUUACAAGAAGCUGUAACCUGGAAGGCAGGAGAUGACAUUGUCAUUGCAAGCACAGGACACAGACAUAGUCAACGAGAAAAUGAGAAAAGAACCAUUGCAUCUGUAUCUCCUGAUGGCAUGAACAUAACACUUGCCAACCCGCUCAACUACACACACUUAGGAAUCACUGUCUCGCUCCCCGACGGGACUGUGUUUGAAGCAAGAGCAGAAGUUGGAAUUCUCACAAGAAAUAUUUUAAUUAAAGGGUCUGAUAAUGUAGAGUGGAAUGAUAGAAUUCCAGCAUGCCCUGAUGGGUUCAACACAGGUGAAUUUGCUACACAGACAUGUCUUCAAGGAAAAUUUGGAGAAGAAAUAGGAAGUGACCAGUUUGGAGGCUGCAUUAUGUUUCAUGCUCCUGUACCUAGUGCUAAUAUGGUAACUGGAAGAAUAGAAUAUGUGGAGAUAUUCCACGUUGGCCAGGCUUUCCGACUGGGGCGCUAUCCAAUACACUGGCACCUGCUGGGAGACUUGCAUUUUCAGUCUUAUGUGAGAGGAUGUUCAAUCCACCAGACCUAUAACAGAGCUGUUACGAUCCAUAACACACAUCACCUUCUGAUUGAGAGAAAUAUCAUCUAUGAUAUCAAGGGAGGAGCAUUUUUUAUAGAAGAUGGUAUUGAACACGGCAAUAUCCUGCAGUACAACUUGGCUAUAUUUGUGCGGCAAAGUACUAGUCUUCUAAAUGAUGAUGUGACCCCAGCUGCGUUCUGGGUAACUAACCCCAACAACACUAUCAGGCACAACGCGGCUGCUGGUGGGACUCACUUUGGCUUUUGGUAUCGAAUGAACAACCACCCUGAUGGGCCCUCCUAUGACCGAAAUAUUUGCCAAAAAAGAGUUCCUCUUGGAGAAUUCUUCAACAACACUGUGCAUUCUCAAGGCUGGUUUGGACUGUGGAUAUUUGAAGAGUAUUUCCCCAUGGAAACUGGGGCUUGCACUUCUACAGUGCCAGUGCCUGCAAUAUUUCAUUCUCUCACUACUUGGAAUUGUCAGAAAGGAGCUGAGUGGGUCCACGGGGGUGCUCUUCAGUUCCAUAACUUUGUGGUGGUAAAUAAUUACGAGGCUGGAAUUGAAACCAAGAGGAUCCUGGCUCCUUAUGUUGGAGGCUGGGGUGAAGCCCAUGGGGCAGUGAUUAAAAAUGCCAAAAUCGUUGGUCAUCUUGAUGAACUACUACUGGGGCCUGCAUUUUGCACGAGGAAAGGCCUGCUUCUCCCAUUUAAUGCGGGCUUGACUGUGUCCUCUGUCCACUUUAUGAACUUUGACCGACCCAACUGUGCAGCUUUGGGAGUGACAUCCAUCACCGGUGUUUGUAACGACAGAUGUGGAGGCUGGAGUGCAAAAUUUAUUGGCAUCCAAUAUUUCAACACACCCAACAAGGCUGGGUUCCGAUGGGAACAUGAAAUGGUACUGAUUGAUGUUGAUGGCACACUUACAGGACACAGAGGACACACCGUCAUCCCACACAGCUCUUUACUGGACCCUUCUCACUGCUCUCAAGAACCCGAGUGGAGCAUUGGAUUCCCUGGAUCUGUCUGUGAUGCCUCAGUCAGCUUUCACCGGCUAGCAUUCAACAAACCCUCUCCAGCCUCUCUGCUGGAAAAGGACGUGGUCCUCUCAGGGUCUUUUGGCACAAGUAUCGUUCCUUUUCAGAAGAAACGGCUGACUCAUGCAUCUGGAUGGAUGGCUCUGAUUCCAAACGCAAAUCACAUCAACUGGUAUUUUAGGGGUGUAGAUCAUGUAACUAACAUUUCAUACACAUCAACCUUCUAUGGCUUUAAGAAAGAAGAUUAUGUGAUAAUAUCACAUAAUUUCACUCAAAAUCCUGAUAUGUUUAACAUUAUUGAUAUGAGGAAUGCCUCUUCAAACCCACUGAACUGGAAUACCAGUAGGAACGGAGACUGGCACCUUGAGGCAAACACGAGUACUCUUUAUUACCUUGUGUCUGGAAGAAAUGACCUUCAGCAGAAUCAGCCCAUUUCUGGGACACUGGAUCCUGAUGUGAAAGAUGUCACUAUUAACUUCCAAGCUUACUGCUGUGUUCUUCAGGAUUGCUUUCCUGUGCAGCCCUCAUCCAGAAAACCAGUUCCCCGGAGGCGACCAGCCACAUAUGUUUUAUGGUCAAAUGAUUCUUUUUGGCAAGCAUCUCGAGAAAAUAAUUAUACCAGACCUUACCAAGGGGCAAAUGUGGUUAUUCCUGAAGGAACAUGGAUUGUAGCAGACACAGACAUUCCCCCAAUAAAAAGACUCAUCAUUUGGGGAGUCCUAGAACUGGAAGAUAAAUAUAAUGUGGGAACUGCAGAGUCUUCCUACAGAAAAGUUGUUUUGAAUGCGACCUACAUAUCACUGCAGGGAGGUAGAUUAAUUGGUGGUUGGGAGGACAACCCUUUUAAAGGAGAACUACAGAUUGUACUUCGAGGAAAUCAUUCCACUCCGGAUUGGGCUCUACCAGGAGGACCGAAUCAAGGGUCAAAGGUCUUAGGGGUAUUUGGUGAGCUGGAUCUUCAUGGAAUCCCACGUUUAAUAUACAAAACAAAGCUUUCAGAAACUGCAGAGGCCGGUUCCAAAGUCCUGUCUCUGGUGGAUAAUGUGGACUGGCAGGAAGGAGAAGAGAUUGUGAUAACAACCACAAGCUACAGUCUCCAGCACACAGAAACCAGAAGGAUCGUGAAAAUCCUGCAUGACCACAAAAUUCUCAUCCUUAAUGACCCCCUCGCAUAUACUCACUUGGCUGAAAAAUUUGAGGUCCCUGAAACAAGUCAUAGCUACACCUUAGCAGCUGAUGUUGGGAUACUGAGUAGAAACAUCAAAAUAGUAGGUGAAGAUUACCCAGGUUGGGCCAAGGAAUCUUUUGGUGCACGCGUCCUUAUCAGCUCAUUUACUGAAAACAUGGUGACAUUUAGAGGAAAAGCAAGAAUAAGUAACGUUGAAUUUUAUCACAGUGGUCAAGAAGGCUUCAGGGAUAGCACAGACCCAAGAUAUGCUGUGACAUUUCUUAACCUAGGACAGGCUGAAGAACACAACUCAUCGUAUAUUCGAGGCUGUGCUUUCCACCAUGGCUUUGCCCCAGCAAUUGGUGUGUUUGGGACUAAUGGAUUGGACAUAGAUGACAACAUCAUAUACUUUACAGUGGGAGAAGGAAUAAGAAUAUGGGGUGAUGCCAACAGAGUUAGAGGGAAUUUGGUUUCACUUUCGGUUUGGCCAGGAACCUAUCAGAACAGAAAAGAUUCAAGUUCAACUCUCUGGCAUGCUGCCAUUGAGAUCAACAGAGGGACCAAUACAGUCUUACAGAAUAACGUGGUUGCUGGGUUUGGAAGAGCAGGAUACCGCAUUGACGGUGAACCUUGUUCAAGCCCGUCAAGUCCCAUGGAAAAGUGGUUUGGCAAUGAAGCUCAUGGAGGUUUGUAUGGUGUCUAUAUGAACCAAGACGGCCUUCCUGGAUGCUCUCUUAUUCAGGGAUUUACCAUCUGGACAUGCUGGGAUUAUGGUAUUUAUUUUCAGACCUCAGAGAGUGUACACAUCUAUAAUGUGACCCUAGUUGACAAUGGAAUGGCCAUUUUUCCAAUAAUUUAUCUGCCGACUGCUGUGUCUCACAAAAUUUCCAGUAAAAAAGUACAAGUUAAGACAUCAUUAAUUGUUGGGAGCAGCCCUGCAUUUAAUUGCUCAGACGUCCUGACAAAUGAUGACAUGAACAUUGAGCUUACUGCUGCCCAUCGAAGUACAAGGCCUCUAUCAGGUGGGAGAAGUGGGAUUUGCUGGCCAACUUUUGCUUCAGCACACAACAUGGCACCCCGAAAACCCCAUGCGGGGAUCAUGAGUUACAAUGCAAUCAGCGGUCUUAUGGAGAUCACAGGUUUAACUUUUGUUGGAUUUAAGAAUAUUUGUUCAGGUGAAACGAAUGUAAUAUUCAUUACUAACCCUUUAAAUGAGGACUUACAACAUCCAAUUCAUGUGAAGACCAUACAGCUGGUUGAUACUACUGAACAAUCAAAAAUAUUUAUACAUCGGCCUGAUAUAAGUAAAGUGAACCCCUCUGAUUGUGUGGACAUGGUUUGUGAUGCCAAAAGGAAAUCUUUGCUUAGAGACAUGGAUGGCUCCUUUCUGGGGAGCUCUGGUUCAGUGAUUCCUCAGGCUGAAUAUGAAUGGAAUGGAAACAGUCAACUUGGACUCGGAGAUUACAGAAUUCCCAAAGUAAUGCUCACAUUCCCUAAUGGAAGUAGAAUUCCUGUUACUGACAAAGCCCCUUACAAAGGAAUUGUUAGAGAUGCUACCUGUAAAUACAUUCCAGAGUGGCAAAGCUAUCGCUGCCUGGGGAUGGAGUAUGCAAUGAUGGUGAUUGAAAGCCUAGAUUCUGACUCAGAAACACGAAGGCUCUCACCAGUGGCUAUAGUGAGUGAUGGCUAUGUUGAUCUCAUUAACGGCCCGCAGGAUCAUGGCUGGUGUGCUGGAUACACAUGCCAGAGAAGACUCUCACUGUUUCAUAGCAUCGUCGCUCUGAACAAGUCCUAUGAAAUUUACUUUACUGGCACCAGCCCUCAGAAUCUCCGACUGAUGUUACUUAAUGUUGACCAAAACAAGGCUAUUCGAGUGGGAGUGUUUUUUUCUACAAGUCAGCGUUUGGAUGUCUAUGUGAACAAUUCAUUGGUUUGUCCCAAAAAUACAGUGUGGAACUCCCAUCAAAAACAGUGUGAGCUAAUCAGGCAUCUAUACGCAGAACAAUUUCUUCCUUCUCUGAAUUCCACUGUCCUUGGGGAAAAUUAUUUCAACAGAACCUACCAGAUGCUUUACCUGUUGGUUAAGGGAACUAUACCUGUUGAAAUCCACACUACUGCGGUCAUAUUCAUUUCUUUUGAACUGCCAGCUGUAACAGAAGAUGACUUUUAUAGUUCCCAUAAUCUGGUUCAAAAUCUCGCCUUGUUCCUAAGGAUACCAAGUGACAAAAUCCGUAUCAGCAACAUAAUACAAGGGGAGAGUCUGCGGAGAAAGAGAUCAACAGGACUCACAGUUGAAUUAGAAAUCGGAGAUCCUCCCACUCAGUUCAUGAUUAAUGACACCACUGAUGACAUGCAGCUAUCUGAACUCCUAGAAGUUGCCAAUUCUCUUGGACAAGCUGUAAUCUUAGGAAAAAUCAGUAAUGUCCUUGGAGUUAAUAUCUCUUCCAUGUUUAUUACUAAUCCUAUUCCCAGUCCAAGUGACUCUGACUGGGAGAAGGUGACUACCCAGCCAGUUGAACGGUCUGCAUUUCCUGUCCAUCAUGUGGCACCUGUGGCCUCACUCGCAGUGGUCACACAGCCAGUGGCAGCCCAGCCAGGACAGCCAUUUUCCCAGCAGCCCUCAGUAAAGGCAGUCGAUUCUGAGGGUAACUGUGUAUCAGUUGGAAUUACUUCACUCACUUUGAAGGCCAUACUAAAAGACUCCAGUAAUAACCAAAUCAAUGGUUUGGGUGGAAAUACAACAAUCCCAUUUAGCAACUGUUGGGCCAACUACACAGACCUUACUAUCAUUAGAAAUGGGAAAACCUAUACUCUUGAAUUCAUCCUGGCUGGUGUUGCUCGGGCUGAGUCAGGGGCGUUCAGUCUGCUAACGCAGACUGUCUCCAGCAGCGGCAGCGGCAGCGGUGGCAGCAGCAGUAGCAGCAGCAGCAGCAGCAGCAGCAGCAGCAGCAAAGCAUCAACUGUGGGUCCAGAUGCCCACAUGACUACAGUAAUUAGCUGCCUCAUUGGUCGAGUGCUGCUCUUGGAAAUAUUUAUGGCUGCAGUUUUGAUUUUAAAUGAAGUCACUAAUGUGCUUUACUGA